AGUGGUUUUUAUAUGCAUGUCUUUAUCUCUAAAUUGUGUAAUUGAGUGUAAUUUAUAGAAAAGGCUAGACGGGUAAGAUGAAGAUGACUGAAUGACUGCAGCCGUCUCCUAUGUUAUUUAGAAUUGGGGCCCAGUAAUCCUGAAUUCCUUAAUUUAUCAUGCUUGUUACCUCAUCACGUUUUAUAGGAAGAGGAUGGGGUAUACAUAGUUUGCAUCGCAACACACAUGAUAUUGCUAUGCAAACUAUCUAGAAAUACAUGUAAAGGCUAAAGACGGUUUAAUAUUUAAAACCGCAAGUCAUUUCAAUAAAACAACAGCAGCAGACAAGGUUACCCAUCAGACAUAUCAAGGAGAGCAUUAUUGUAAUAAUCGUCAUUGUAGCUAUUGUAUAUUUCUGCUAUGUCACGUGGUCAGAGGUUAGCUUACAUACAUAUUUGUUAAGCAUGUGCUUGACCCUUUGUAUGCAAGCAUUUGUUAACACAAGCUUCGUUACAAUCUGAAGUUUGAGUGUAUUUGACUCGAAAUUUAAUUUUGAAUAUAGUGUUUGUCUUUGUCCGUUAUUCUGAUACGGUCUCUACAAUGAGAUGCAAUAAGAAAUUAUGUAAUAUAUGUAUUUUUACUUGUAUUCACAGGGUUCACCUACAGAUAGUAUCAUCCCUAUCACCAUGCCAUUUUUUUUAAUUUCAUUAUUUGCAUCCUCAUCAAGUUGUACUUAUCAUUUGUUUAACUCUAGGAGAUUGUGCGCUCCGACAUCGGGGUCGUUGCGGCGUCGAGCACGGGAGCGGCGGCGGGCGGAGCAGACGAGGGCGGACGGCGAGAGGAUCGCCAGAGAGCAACGCGAGAAGCGAGUGAAGGAGUACAUCGAACAACAACUAAAGGCACGUGAAGAGCUGGCGUCGUACGAGCCGUGGGGUCGCGCAGGCGGCGGCGCGCCCAACGAGCGAGGUAUUCGCUUCACAAACCUCAGAGACAAGGGGAUCUUUCCCGAAGACGAACUCAGGGGUGUAUCGAUAUUCGAAGCGUGUCGUCGUUGGAACUCUUCGCCGCAUCGCCGCCGGCGUCAAACCCCGGUUAAGUUGCGUGAAGAUCCGCAAAUAUGCUACUCUGAGCCGCUGCGAAAGAGCGUCGAUAACGACAUACGAUACAAACAAAUGCCGCAUGAAAAACAGACAUACAAGAAAAUAUUAGAUGACAUGGUAACAAACAAGAAGAAAGCCAUAAGAGAAGAAAAGAGACAAAAUUUGGAGUACGAACGGAAAAUGAACGCAAUGGAAGGCCCGUGGGGUAAGCCAGGGCCUGGUGGUACAAUAUGGAGGAAUCCCCGUAACAUUGGACUAAAUUUCUCAAAGUCUAUGGGUUGGACAGACAAUGAAAUUUUCACAAAACUACAUGGGGAUGACCGACGAGAGAGAGGGUCUUCGCUUACUUUACCUAAAGUACAGGGAGAGGAUGAUGCUAGAGAAAUACCGCAAAACAAAGAAAACAUUAAACCAACAAGAGUAGAAAAGCUACCAGAUAUCAAUUACGUUAGUAGUCCACAGAGGAGGUCUCCAGAACGAAGACGAUACAGCAUAGAAGUUAAAAUUAAAAAAGAAGGUAGUUUCUACAAUGGAGAAGUAAGACGCAGCCCUAAAAAGACUAGAUUUGUUAAACGAUUAUCUAACGGAGAUAAAGUUACGAAACUGAUACUUGAUGAUAGUUUUGAUAGAGAAGAGGCUUUGCAUGAAGCUGAAAAGAAGCCGACGCCUGAAACGGCUAUAUUGCACGUGACAGGUGGGGUCGAACUCGUACCACUUCUAGCGAGAAGGCGUCGUGUUGGCGCUCGCACUCUGCCUUCCAGUGACGUCACUAGACCUCCUGAUCAAUCGUGCCAAUGGAGGGAAAUGGUUAACCAGGACCACUUAAGGGAAUUAAAACACCAAAUGCAUGUGAAGUGCAUUCAAAAAGAGGAGAAGCGACUGAACUCAGCCGAGAGCGUGAGACGUCACCACGAGACGUGGGAGUCGCUGUGGGGCAGACAGGGGCACGGUGCCCCACUGCGAGGCAAAUACGCUAGGAACAACCUCGCCCAGCUGCUCUACGUAGCCCCCGUGACCAAUGCUCAGUAGAAAUGUGUUGAAAAUUGAAUCAUGAAUCCUAUCAAUAAAAUGCGUCAAAUCUGAGCUGGAUGUUAAAUAGUGAAGCAGUCAAGGCCUGGGUCGAAGAGCUGACUAUACAGAGAUCGGUUCAAUGAUCUAGACCUUUACGUAUGUGAAUGUUUCAUGCCUACUUAGUAUGAAACUCGCAUUUGAAAUCAAAACUGUAUAGUUUGAACCCGAUCUUUGUUACUGUUUUAUGAGCUCUUGAAGCCAAAUGCCAUCAUAGUGAAACAGUGAUGACAAUAGCGUCGUCUCGCUUUCACAAAGACAAGAGUUCUCAGUCACAAUUUUAAAACAAAU